GCGGAAGCGGUCUGAUCUGUCAAGGCAGGAAAAUAAUUUGCAGAAUUUGACACAAAGAGGUUAAUCCCACCAAAUAGCACCGACCAUCCCCCCUUUCUCCUCGACACCGGCGUCCGCUGCGAUGAUCCUGUUAGAAAUCAAUAACCGUAUUAUUGAAGAGACGCUGUCGUUGAAGUUCGACGGCGCAUCCAACGGAACCAAACCAGAGGCCGUAGAUGUGACGUUUGCAGAUUUCGAUGGCGUCUUGUACCACAUCUCCAACCCCAAUGGGGAAAAGACCAAAUUGAUGGUCAGCAUCUCCCUGAAGUUCUACAAGGAGCUGCAGGAGCACGGUGCCGACGAGCUGCUCAAGAGGAUCUAUGGGAAUUUCCUGGUUUCAGAAGAGGACGGCUACAAUGUGUCCCUCCUCUACGAUCUGGACGCGCUACCGGCCAACAAAGACGAGCUGAUCCACCAGGCGGGCAUGCUCAAGAGGAACUGUUUCGCCUCGGUGUUUGAAAAGUACUUCAAGUUCCAGGAAGAGGGCAAAGAGGGCGAGAAGAGGGCCGUGGUCCACUACAGAGAUGACGAGUCCAUUUAUCUGGAGGCCAAGAAAGACCGAGUGACGGUUGUGUUCAGCACGGUGUUCAAAGACGACGACGACGUCAUCAUCGGCAAAGUUUUCAUGCAGGAGUUCAAAGAGGGUCGGCGAGCCAGCCACACGGCCCCCCAGGUGCUGUUCAGCCACAGGGAGCCCCCGCUGGAGCUGAAGGACACGGACGCCGCCGUGGGGGACAACAUUGGAUACAUCACCUUCGUCCUGUUCCCACGCCACACCAAUGUCAAUACCAGAGACAACACCAUCAACCUCAUCCACACCUUCAGGGACUACCUGCACUACCACAUAAAGUGCUCCAAGGCCUACAUUCACACACGCAUGAGGGCCAAGACGUCAGACUUCCUCAAGGUGCUGAACCGCGCUCGACCCGACGCCGAGAAGAAGGAGAUGAAGACCAUCUCUGGAAAAACGUUCUCCCGCUGAGGCUGACCCCCCCCCGGCCCCCCCACCUGAGAAAGCCCCUUGGACGUGAGCCCAAACGCGCUCUGCUGAGACUCGACGCCACAUCGGACAGGACUCCUAAAUGCUCUCGCCCAGCCCCCCAAAUACAUGUCCAGUCUUUCCUCUUCCCUUCUUCUUCUUUUUUUUUAUUUUUAUGAAUAAUAAUGUCGGCUCGACUUCGGGGGACAAGCCGCGGCUCAAGAUAAACGGGAACACGGGCAUUCCCCGCUUUGCGUAGUUAAAGAGAAUUAUUAGUCCUAUAUAAAUAUAUAUAUGAAAAAAACAAAUUGAAAUUUUUGAUACGAUAUCUUUUACUCCAUUUGGUACUCUCGCUUGCCCCUCAAUAUCCAAGUACUGGAUGAUUUCAAUCCUCCCCCCUCUGUGCUUUCAUGUCGUCUGUACCAUUGUCAUUUGAAAAAAUAAAAUAAAUCACUUACAAAACUAA